AUGUCGCGGAAGAUUAACGCAAGGCCUUGUGAUGCUUGUGACAAGUGGUCAGAUCUCCGUUGCGAUCUCUUCCGGCAUAGGCUCACGCGCGUGUUCCUAGUAUGCAUAUUCACAACACUACUGUUUCUCUCGGGCUAUGUCCUCCAACAACAGACUAUCCACUCGCUUCAAGAGGCGAUACAUCCAAAACUCGCAGCUUCUCCUGUACAGACAUUGAAUCCGAAGCUAGCGAAACAUUUUGGUCGUCCUCCAGGCCACUCAUUCUACGAUAAGUACCUUACAUCAAACCGACCAAAAGGAGGAUGGGCCAAGGUCGCAUACGUGCAGCUCUUGAGGAGCCACAUGCAUGUUUGCAACUCGGUAAUGAUAUUCGCAACGUUUGAGAGCCAAGAAAGUAUGGCGCAGCGGAUUCUGAUGUACCCAAAGGAGUGGGAUGAUAUGGAUGAAAGCGACAAGGAAGUCGCUACAAGCAAACGCCUGCUCAGAGAGGCUGCCAGCCGCUACAAAGUGAUGUUGCAACCCAUCAGGCCAAUGGCAUACACAAUUCCGAAGGAAAGUGAACUGCCUCAAGGAUUCUCCGAUGAAGAGCGUUAUCCUCUCUCCAACCUCGUCUCCCUUAUAAAUUUCAACCGCAUAAUCUAUUUCCAACCCUCUGGCAUGGUCUUCGAUGCAUCACCCCUUGACCUACUCUUUACCCUCCCAAUGGAAAGCAAUAACUUGCUCGGCCUCACAAGCCCUAUCACGUCCUCCGCCGACCGACCUGCAAUUCUCCUCAUCGAACCCUCCAAGAAACUCUACCAAGAAACGAUGGCUGCCCUCCCGGAAGGCACCUUUCAGGAUCUUGAGUUCCUUCAAUUGUUGCAUAUUACGCACGCGCCAUCCACUGCCAGUGACCCCGAUCAGAGGAACCCAGCUAUGCUCCUAGCUGAAUCAUCCUCUCUUCAUAGCGUAGAUGCCGGCUUCAAUGCCACCAAAUUCCUGGACACGACAGGUUACGUGCAUUUUCAAGAUGAAGGGGUGCCAGGACCGGAAUAUGAUCAUAUGCAAGGGGAUUUUGAGAAGGCCGCGCCGAGUAGAAGAGAAGCGAGAAAUGCUUGGACGGGAGUGUACGAGAAGUUCAGAGAAGGCAGGAUAGAUUUCUGUGGCUUGGAUUUGGAGCCUAUAGUAUCGAAAGAGGAGGAGAUGGUGCCGAGUGACGAAGUCGAAUUACCUGAGAGUAGGAUGGUGGAUGAUAAUCCCGAGGAAGAAUUUGAGACGGACCAGCAAUACGAUAGCGACAACGUUGCAACGCAAUUGGAAUUGACUGGGGACAGCCCGGAGUUUGAAUACAAGAAGGACGAUCUUCGAUGA